UUAUAGCCCGAUUCAUUGCCGAUCAAAACACACGGCUGCCUUCGUCCUCCAUAGCUUUGCACGAACCUUCGAUAUCGAGCUCCAAACUCAUUACUGUCUCUAAAAUAUUCCACUUCGGAACUAGUUCUUGAAUCUAUAAAUCUCGGAAUCGUCGCAGCUCGAGAACGAGUAGCGUCACCGUUACCACAAUUGAGAAGGAGCAGUGUUCUCAUCAAGUGGUAAUUAUAAAAAUUGGCAAAAAUUUGGCCUUUAUGUGCUGUAGUAUCACAACUUUGUCAUGCACCACUCUGUUUUCUGGGUUUGUAACACAGAGGCUGUGUGGAAACUAAUGCAAUGGCAACAUCUAGCAAGUUUGAUCUACCUUCUGGUAGCCCGGAUAGACCGUUAUACACCAGUGGGCAGCGUGGAUCCCACAUAGCUGCUCCAUUGGAUAGAUCGGGUAGCUUUCGGGAGAACAUGGAGAAUCCAAUUCUAUCUUCUCUUCCGAACAUGUCGAGAAGCAGUUCUGCAGCAACACAAGGCGAUGUUAUGAACUUCUUCCAAUGCUUGCGUUUUGAUCCAAAGUUGCUGGUUGCAGAGCAUAAGUCUAAUCGUCAAGUGGACUUUAAACGACAUGUGAGUCUUGCACUUAGCGCUUCACCAGAUGAUUCUUCAUCUGGUUCUUUAAAAGGGAAGCUGCUAUCAUCUCCAUUACCAGAGGAAGUCAAAAGAGUAAAGGCUGGUCUGCGUGAAAGUUCUGCGAAGGCGAGGGAACGUAUGAAAACUUUCAAUGAAUCAUUAUCUGUAUUCAACAAGUUUUUCCCAGCCGUACCAUCAAAGAAGAGAUCCAGGUUAGAAGGUUUUUCUAAUGACCGGUCUAGUAUGUUAUCAAGUGAUCGGUCUGUCCUGGGGCCAAGUGUAGGUAAGAUCGGAAAUCAGAGUCAUGCUGCCACCAGUGGUUUUGAACUUGAGCAGCAAAAAUUGGAAGAACGACCUAAAAAUGUUGUGCCGAACAAGCGCACUCGAACUUCUUUGGUUGAUGUGCGAAGUAAUGCUCAUGUCAGGCUAUCUGGGGCUAUAGAUAGAGAAAGGGAAAUGCAAAGGCUUGCAAAUAGUGGUGCAGUUCAGGCUGAGGAUCGAACACGACCUAUUGGUGUCGAUGGUUGGGAAAAGUCAAAAAUGAAGAAAAAACGUUCUGGGAUAAAGCCAGAUGUUUCUCCAAGUACAGUGUCAACUAAACCAAUUGAUGGCUACCGGGAUGCUAAACAGGGAAUACAGCAAAGGCCUGUUGCUGAUGCUCGGUCGAGGUUAAGUAAUGAAUCCCAUGGUUUCAGGCCUCCAGUCCUUAAUGGAGCUGUCGGAGUUGGAAAGUCAGAUGGUAUCUCACAACAGACUGGCUUGGGCAUGCGUUCCUCCAUUCCUAGGACUGACCCCGACUAUGGUUCCCUCAUGAAUGAUAGGAGAGAUCGCCCUCUGGGUUCAGAUAAGGAAAGGGUUAAUGCCAGAGCUGUUAAUAAGACAAAUGUUCGUGACGAUCUUAAUUCAGCCAGUCCUACCUCAAAUGCGAAAAUGAAUGCAUCUAUUCGAGCUCCAAGAUCAAGUUCAGGUGUUGCACCCAAGUUGUCCCCUGUUGUCCAUCGAGCAAAUGUUCCUAGUGAUUGGGAGCUUUCUAGUUGUUCGAACAAGCCCCCUGCUGCUGUUGGACCCAAUAAUCGAAAACGAAUGGCAUCAACACGGUCUUCAUCCCCACCUGUUCACUGGGCUGGCCAGAGGCCACAGAAGAAUUCCCGAACUGCUAGACGAACAAAUCUUGUUCCUCCUAUUGUUUCUAGUAAUGAUGAAACUCCUGCUCCGGAUGCCGGAUCUGAUAUUGCUGGUAGUGAAAUUGGGUUGGGGCUUGCCAGACGCUUGCCUGGCAGUUCUCCUCAGCGAGUGAAAUUAAAAAGUGAUCCUUUGUCUUCAGCCACCUUAUCUGAAAGUGAGGAGUCAGGGGCUGUGGAAACUAAAUCCAGAGAUAAGUGUAGAAAGUCUGAUGAGAUAGAUGAGAAGGGUGGGCAGAGUGUACAAAAGGUUUCAACAUUAGUCCUGUCAUCAAGAAAGACUAAGCCAGUUGCUGCGGACGAUCUUGGAGAUGGUAUUCGUAGGCAAGGUAGGACUGGGCGAGGUUUAACUUCUACAAGGUCUCUCAUGCCAAUGACUGUUGAGAAGAUUGGGAACGUGGGAACAGCAAAACAGCUCAGGAGUGCAAGGCUUGGGUUUGAUAAGACUGAAAGCAAGGCAGGUCGUCCACCAACGAGGAAACUUUCAGACCGUAAGGCCUAUGCACGGCAAAAGCAGACAACGACCAACGCAUCAGCAGAUUUUCUUGUUGGGUCAGACGAUGGGAAUGACGAGCUAUUGGCUGCUGUAAAUGCUGUUAUUAAUCAAGUUCGUGCCUUUACAAGCCCUUUUUGGAGGCAGAUGGAGCCGUUUUUUGGUUUCAUAUCUGAAGCAGACAUUGCAUUCUUAAAGCAACAAGGAAAUCUUGAUUCCUCUGCUCCUACGCCAACUCCACUUCAUUCUAGUGUAGUUGGUUGCUGUGCUGUUCCUAAUGGAUAUGGGUUGAUUGAGCAUGAGAUAGAGAUGGGGCUUUCUACUGGAACAAGAAGCAUCGAACUGCUUGCAGAACAGUUAGUACCACGUACAGGGGAUCAUAGUCUGAUUCCCUUAUGUCAGAGGCUCAUAGCAGCUCUAAUUUCGGAGGAGGAUUGUAAAAGUGUAAAUGAAGACCUCAAAUAUAAUGAGUAUGGUUCUGAAUUUGAGCUGGAUGGAGAGUUGGAAUCUAAUAAUAUGAAUGACCAGUCAUUUGUUAGCUUCCAGUUUGUUGGGCCUACUGCUUUUAAUGGCUUUAGGAUAACUGGGGAGGCAGAGCAUGAUGAACCUGAAAGCAACAUAGUGGGCAUCCUAAACACAGGGAUGAACUCAACAUUUGGUCAUUCCCCAAACGACUUACAUUCAGACCUUUCAUUGAUGUCUAGCAUGGCCUGUUCUGAAUUUCAGUAUGAUAAUAUGCGGUUAAAUGAAAAACUUCUCCUGGAGGUUCAAAGUAUUGGUAUUUUCCCAGAACCUGUGCCUGACAUGGCACUGAUAGAGGAUGAAGGAAUCAGUGAUGAAAUCAGUAGAUUAGAAGAGAAGUACCAAGUACAGGUUUUGAAGAAGAAAGGCUUGCUAGAUAGACUUUUGAAAUCUGCCUCAGCCAUGAAAGAUCUCCAAGAGAAGGAGUUUGAAGAGCGUGCCCUUGACAAACUUGUUGGAAUGGCCUGUGAAAAGUAUAUGACUGGCACUGGUGGGAAGAUUUCCAGUAACAAAAUGGUUAAGCAAGCUGCAUUAGCAUUUGUUAAACGGACAUUGGAACGAUGUCAUAAAUUUGAGGAUACAGGAAAGAGCUGCUUCAGUGAACCCUCAUUUAAAGAUUUAUUUCUUUCUGGGUCUUCCAAUCUCAAUGGUGCACGGCUGGUGGAUACUACUACAGAGGGUGAAUCAACCAAACCAUAUACCUGCAUCCGUUCUCUGGAAGCAUCCAUGAGUUCACAGCAAAGCCCUUCGCAGUUUAUUAAGAAUGCAGACAACCACGAUAUUAAUUCUUUGGAUGCCCUUCUGCCUGUAAAUCACUUCUCUGAACAAACUAGAGAAGAUACAUGGUCAAACAGAGUGAAGAAGAGGGAAUUGUUGCUUGAUGAUGUUGGUGGUACUAUUGGUAGUUCAAGUGCCCCCUCAGGCAUUUGCAGUUCUCUAUUAAGUAGUGCCAAAGGAAAGAGAAGUGAGAGGGAUAGAGAUGGAAAGGGACACAGCAGAGAGAUUUCAUCUAUAAAUGGUACUACUAAGAUUGGUCGGCCUGCUUUAUCAAAUGUUAAGGGGGAAAGGAAAUCUAAAACAAAGCCGAAGCAGAAAAUGACUCAACUAUCUGUUUCCGUAAAUGGCCUUGUCGGCAAGAUAUCAGAGCAACCCAAAGCAGCAUUGCCUUCUGUAUCAAAGUCAAAUGAUAAUACAAGUAGCCAUGUCAAGGAAAAAGAUGGGCUUGGCUUGGAUGUAUUGGAUGACCCUGAGUCUCUUGAUUUAUCGAAUCUACAGUUACCGGUAAUGGAUGUACUAGGUGUGCCUGAUGAUCUUGAUGACCAGGGUCAGGAUCUGGGUUCAUGGCUGAACAUUGACGAUGAGGGUUUGCAAGAUCAUGACUUUAUGGGUCUUGAAAUUCCAAUGGAUGACCUUUCAGACUUAAACAUGAUGGUUUGAAGUUGCUUUUACUUGUAUAGUCUUGUUCAUUAUACGAGUGACAUACAAAACAAAGUCGCUGUUGUCAAGAAAUGACCCGUUACAUGAAUAGUCAUUUGGCUACCAAGUUCAAAAUUAGGUUACAUAAAUUCUUUCGUAGACUCUUGCACAAGUUGAUUUUCAAGUGAACCUUUCGGAUGUUUUGGAUUUUGCUCCUGUGUUAAGUUGGUGACUUUGACUGUAAAUUUUUGUUCAAGGUUCGAGUUAGUAUGUCCUACCAAUUAUCUCGUAGCAAACACUGGACUCUGGACGUAGCUGUCACAGAUGAGAGAACACUGGGUCUUCUCCUGUACAUACAUUUUACAUUUCUAAUAAAAUCAUCCUUUUUGUUCUAAUAUCUCCUGGCUGACAUGCUCAUAAUGAGGUAUUGCCUUCUUUUCAUACCUUUAUUUUUUGAUUUCUUAUGAAUUAUCUCAUUCUGUCAUCUCUACAGCUGAAGUUGUGGUGAAUGCAGUAUUCACAAUGUAGGCUCUGUGCGUCAGGGAUUUUUUCCUUGAGAUAGUAGGACUCAUUAAUUAACAAAUGUGGUUAUAGUCAUGACUGAGUUAUCAUUAUUGAAAGGGGGUUUCUGUUUCUGCUCUCCAACCAGUUUCUGUCCUCCUCUAUAUUACCUUUUGGUGUAUUUUCAGGUUUCUGGUUAUCCUAAUCUCAGUCUAGCCGAUGGUAAGAUUUUUCUUGCCAUCUUUCUUCUUCUUUUAGUAUUUGGAAGUCUUAUGCUGUAGAAUUGGAUUGUUCAUGCGCUAUGUUAUGUGGUAUAAUUUCCUAUGGGAAGAUCAUGCCCAAUUGCAGGAAGUCACAUUUGCUGUUGUAAUUGUGACAAUUUCAGGGUUUCUAUUUGCACUAAAGCUCAUGAUGAUUGGUUGGACCCAUCUCAGGAAUUAGUAAUCCACAACUUGGAGUUUCUCUGCAGGAUUUAUUUUUCACCUGAUUAGGCCACCUUCUCAAUUGUUAUUAACUUGCAUGCAGUAUUAUAUUUUCGAGGUAUAUCUCUAACCCCUAGCCUUCAGUUGGCUCAAAUCAUGUUUCAGUAUAGGUCUGAAGUAUUUAUCUUUAUUUUGUUAAAGGCAUUUAUUUCUAGCUUUAAACAUUAAGAUUAUGCCUCCUUGCCACAUGGAAUUUGACUUAAAAGUAGUGAGGUUUAUCUUUUGAAAUGUCCAACUCAAAUUGACACCCAGUUCAUUCUCAAUGCUUGCCUUGUGUAUGUAUGGUUGGGUCUUGUGCCUUGCCCCAAACUGUUUUCUUGCUUCAGACUAAAACUCGAAAUCAUAACUGAUACACAUUUCAUAAAUACGGUUAAUAUUUUUAACGCCGUUGAGACUUCAAACCCACUGCAUGAUGGUUUAUUUUGUUUGCCUGACAAGCUUGUAGUAUUUUAUCUUCUCAUUUUCCAGUGAAGCCGGAAGCUGACUUUCACUGUGGGUUUUAGUUUUGCAACUCAUUUUUGUGAGGACCUAUGUUGGCUUGUUAACUAGGCUUUGGUGGUGCUUGUCAUAUGAAACAAAGAGAAAUACUUUAGCUACAAAGGAAUUACACAAAAGUAAAUCUACAAAUUAAAGUGGCUUUGAUGCCAACGUCAGAUUGUAAAGUUACUCUUAGAGCAAAGUAGAUCUAAUAGAUCACGUGAAACCACGUCAGUUCGUGGAUUUAUUUUUGUAUAAUCUCUUUGUGUUUGUAGCAGUUCUCAUGAAACAAUGCCUUCACCUAUAGAUUCUUUUCUAGCUCGAAUUUUACCAUUCAUGUUCCAAGAUGAUAUGAUGAAACAAAUACAAGGCUGCAGAAUCCGUGGACAAUAGUGGAUAGUAGUAGUUUAUUUGUUUAGUGUGGUAAUGGGAAUAGACUGCAUCCAUUAUUGCAUCUGAAGAUCCACUCCGCAUUGUAAUUUGUUGAUUUUUCAGUUCUCUUGCAUGAGUGCGUCUUCACCCGGCUCUUGGUUUGGUAGAUCCGAUGUAUCAAGCAGUGGUGCAAGUGAUAAGACUCAAAAGCCUUCAAUAAUUACUUUUCUAGUCAAUAAUAUAACCCUAAAAGGAUUGUUUGAAAUUCUUACCUGAAUUAGAGAGCAUGAAGUGGUAUAGAGAUAAGACACAUGAGGUGUGUCUUACAACAUUUACUAUUGUUUAGAUUGUUUGGGCAAUAUUAAAUGCUUAAUUAAUACUAUAAGACUUAUUUUAUGCAUUUA